UUUGGUUGUGUGGAAUGUUCAAGUUUGUCACCAGGCCAAAAAGAAAAAACAUCAGCAAAUAGCUCAUAGACGCAGUCGUUGCUGCUUAUCAAUCUGGGAAGGCAACUGUCAAACAACUUGAAAUCCAUAAUUCUACAGUGAUAAGGUUUAUUAAGAAAUGUCAGAUAUUCAAGACAGUUGAAAAUCUUUACAAGGGUGGUUGUCCCAUCAAAUUCAUCAUAAGCUCAGAAUGUUUGAUGGUCAGAAAAUGUUAAAUGUGACUCUCAAAAGAAAAUAGACUAAACAGGUCUUCUAUAUGAGACAGGUUACUAAACAUGGGGAAACACAACAGCAAGCUUGCUCCAGAGGUUCUGGAUGACCUGACCAAGAGUACAGAGUUCAACGAGGCAGAGUUGAAGCAGUGGUAUAAAGGCUUUUUGAAGGACUGUCCCUCUGGCAUCCUUAAUCUGGAGGAGUUCCAGCAGCUUUAUGUCAAGUUCUUUCCCUAUGGUGAUGCCUCCAAAUUUGCUCAGCACGCCUUUCGUACCUUUGACAAAAAUGGUGAUGGCACAAUUGACUUCAGGGAGUUCAUCUGUGCCCUGUCCAUCACCUCUCGAGGAAGCUUUGAGCAGAAACUCAACUGGGCCUUCAAUAUGUAUGAUUUGGAUGGAGAUGGCAAGAUUACACGCAUGGAGAUGCUUGAAAUUAUAGAGGCGAUUUAUAAAAUGGUUGGCACAGUGAUUAUGAUGCGCAUGAACGAAGAUGGCUUGACACCUCAGCAGCGCGUGGACAAGAUCUUCAGCAAGAUGGACAAAGACCAUAAUGAUGAGAUCACACUGGAGGAGUUCAAAGAGGCGGCCAAAAGCGAUCCUUCCAUUGUCCUCCUACUGCAAUGUGACAUGCAGAAGUAAGGGAGAAGCGGAGAAAGAGGGUGAGAGGGGGUGGGAGGGUGUAGGUAUAGAGCAGGAGGUGUGAAGUAACAUGUACAGACAUUUAGACAGAAGUAGGUUAGUAAGAGUAGAAUUAUAACACUAUGUACAUAUAGUAGAAUGCAGUAGGAUGUGAGAGUAAACAGGUUUGGGGACAGUUGAAAGAAUAAGUGGGGAGUGAUGAAAGCCUGCAUCUUUGGUCAUGCAUUGAACUGUACUACUUGUCAGACAACUGUACCAUGCCAAUGUGGCUUUCAAGCCCAAACCUAAAACAGAUAAGAUGUUGAAGAACCUAGCUUAUUUAAAAAGGCCAUUUUAAUAUAUAAUACUCCUGAUCCUUGGAAUUUUGAUAUACAGUAGAACCAUACGAAUUUAUUGAACAUUUCAGCAAAACUGGGGCAGCUCUAUAUUCUUAAGGUUUUGUCUCCUUUAAAUUUUGUCUAAACAUCAAAUAGCCAAUAUGCUUCUCUAGCCAGUUAACAAAAUUUCCAGUUAACGAAAUAUCCUUCCAUAGAUAAAGGACCAUAUUCAGAGUUGAGUUAUAUGCACAUAGUGAGGAUCUAAUACCAAAAUUGCCCACAUCGGUGUUCUAACCUUAAACAUAACUACAGACUUGCACACUACUUGGACAGUUGUGUGGGAGUAGUGUGUGCAGGGUGGAGUUUGCCAAAAAAUACAAAGGCACGUCUAUAUGUAUGUGGAACCUCAGCCAAUUUUCUCGUGCAGUGUCAGCAUGAAUGAGGAGCAGUAUUAAGUCCAGCAUCACUGGCUGACAAUUUGAUGUGACCACAAUAUGUCACACUGAAAUUUCAGUUUUUGGUUCUAAACACACUCUAAAAACACUCAAAUGGCCUUCCAUCGUUUGGAUGAAGGUUAACAGAGAAGACAGCUUCUUAAUUGGAGACAUUACUCUUAAUUGAGACUUAUGCCAAGGACUGAAUUAUAUAUCAAUAACAUAUGCCUAAGCGUAGCAGACGAGUGCUCAGUCAGCUUAUCCUUCAAACUGUGGGCACAUUAUGUUUGUAGGAGAGUGCAUGGAAUUAACAAAAGACUGGCAUUAUUUUAUUUAUAUAUGUUAAAUUAAACCAAAUUUAAUUAAAUUACAACUUGGACUAUUCAUGAAGCAAUACAUUGGUAAUAUACUAGACUUCUAUUGCCAUCUUUUCAUUUAUAUAUAAUCACAUUAGACUUUCUGCUUAUUUUUUUGUAAUUAUUUAUUUAUUUAUUUAUUUAUUAUUAUUAUUGUCUCUUGGUUUUAUGUUACAUCGUACUUCAAAUGACAGCAAAAGGAAGAAAAUAUGAUCAAAAUAUCAUUUGAUUUCUAUCUGUUUCUAGUUUCUAUCCGCUGAAUUUGUUGGGCUUAAAGGCAGGCAUUUGUGUUUAAAGGCAGUGGUCCUGGCACUAUUGAAAACUCCAGCACUUCUAUUCAUUAAAAAAUAUAUCUGGCAACAUCAGAGGCAUGAACUUCACACAGGUCAUUUUAAUAAUCUAAAUGGGUUAUCCAGAAAAUCAACUUAAGCAUCUGCACAAACUGACUCUGAAUACAGAAAACUUUCCUCAUGUAAAUAUCAACUUAAAUAUCAUUUAACUUAAGUCUCCAACUCUGAAUAUGGCCCAAAGGAGAUAGAGGCUUGUGCAGUGUUGUAAUUAUGAUGGAUAUUAGAUAUGCCACCAUAACCUACUACUGAAUGUUUGAGACUGAUACCAUACUGGAGGUCUUCAUCAGCUGCGAUGACAAAAUACAGAUCAAGACUUAAAUAUCAUGGUUUAUAAAGCAGAAUAAUUAUUGUCUCACACUUGUUCCGGGUCACUCUCACAUAUCAAAAAGUAAUUUUGCUAGCCUUAACAAUUAGAAUAUAUGUCUAUGUAAUUAGUGAAAUGUAAAUGUUUCAUGAGACCUGCUUUCAUAUUACAACACUGCUGCAUUUGUGUUUAAACACAAAAGUACACUCGGUAUAGGAUAUCAGUCUGUGUCAAUGUGUGAAAGUGUGAAAAAGUGUAAAGUGGAAAUGUGAGGAAUUUGCAUUUGUAUGUGCAAAAGUGUGUGUCUACGUAUGUCUGUAGUUGUUUGUAUGUAUACGUGUGUGUGUGUUUGUGUGUGUGUCUGUGUGUGGCUGAAUGUAUGAAUGUGCAUUGGAAAACAAAUGCCUCAGUCUAUGACUUUCUGUUAUAGUAGCUGUCCACACCAGUUCUGAGAGUAUUAAAGUGAUGUUUGUUGUUGCUGGUGUGGUCGUCACUGUUCUUACUGGUUUUCUAAUCAGAGCUACCUUUCUCUGCAGUCCUGAAGACAUAUAAUCUUUUUUGUGUGCCUCAGUGUACAGCCUUAGCAGUUAUCAGAUGAUCGUAACUGUAUUAAUAUUGUCAAAAUGUCUUUUGCUUUUUUCCCUCUGGUAUAGUCAACGUGAACACAUUCGGAAGUCAAAACUCUUAUGUGUGUCCGCAAUAUUCACGCUGCAAUACUUAUGAGAAUAUUGUUGCACUAAGUAGAGGCAAAUACUUCUUGUUUUAUACUGCCACUCAGUGGUGAAAUAUUUACAAUUUUUUUCGAUAGGGAACAGUGUGAGGCCUAAAGUGCUGAUGUUAAAAGAUUUUCCUGCUUCCUCUUACAAACAUAAUGGACCAAAAUAAAAAUAAAAAACACAGCAUGGUUCUGUACUUGAUGAGCUCUUCUAUGGUGCAGAAAACAGUGAAAUAAUAUUUUUUUUUCAUGCGUUCUAUAGAAAUAUUGGCCAUUUUUGACACUGCUUGUGUUGGUCUAAAUUGUAAAUUCAUGUCGGUGGCAAUUUUAUUCUAGCUUGUAUGUGGAGGACAGUCACAUAGAUUACAGCUUCUUAACAGUUGCCUAAAACUUCUUAACUAAGUAGUUUUAGUAGAUCAUAUAAUGUUUUUGCUGUGGUAAUGAAUUUGCAGUUGAUUCACCAGCGGAGCUCAUAAAGUCACGGCUACCUUUAUGUCCUUUGACACUGUAAUAUAACUGGGAUAUACUUUCCUUUUGCAUUUCCUUACCACAUUUAUUACAUCUGCUGGAAGCUCGAUUUAACUUUUAUUUGGUGUUCAAUGUAGAAAUGUAGAUGAUAAUGUCAUGUGUAAUAUUUCUAGUAAUACCAUGAAUAUUAGGGUUGCACAAUAACAGCUAAAACAAUAAUCAUGAUUCUGUUGCUCAGUAUUGAAAUCUCAAUUGUCAUCCAAUGUAUCCAAUUUAGGAAUAAAAUCGUUUUAUUACACCUGACCUGAACAUCUUAAAUCAGCAUAAACAAAUAAAAAUAAUUUAAAAAAAAGAUUUUCCUUUCACUUCAAAUAUUAUAUUUCAAUAUUCAUUAACUUGUAUAUAUUGCAUUGUAUUAUUAAUAAUGUAAGAAAAAUUGAUUGCUUAAUUGAGGAAGCCAAAAAUGAUGAAAGCAUGAUAAUCUUUAUCAUAUUCAUUAGGGCUGCACAAUUAAUCUUUAAAAUAAGAUUAACUGUGCAGCCCUAAUGAAUAUGGUAUUUGUAUUAGAGAUAUACAAGUUCACUACAUCCACUAUGAGACUCUGUUACAUUAUCAUUAUUAUUAUCAUCAUUAUUAUAUCACAACUUAGCAAGAUUCUGUUAUGUUAAUGUAUAUCCCAGAAUAUAAAGCAUAAAAGGGAAUAAUUAUGAACCAGUUGUGCAAUACACUUUUAAUAAUAUAUUUAUGUGCUGUGUUUUCUUCAUGUCUUUUCAAUUCUGUAAUUUACUUUUCAAUAUUGUAAUCGUAAAGUUCCCCAAACAAAGAUGUGUUAUUUUUGGUACAUAGAUGAAUAAAAUUGUGGGUGUCUACUGAA